GCCGCGGGGCAGGUCCGUUCCGAAGAGCAUGUGGCGAUUGAGAUUCCGGUGACUGCGCAUCAGAUCAGCAACGAUUCGUGGUUUCAAGCUGGAUUUGUUCUCACCACUGGGAUAAACAGUGCGUAUGUGUUGGGCUAUUCUGGUGCUGUUAUGGUUCCGUUGGGAUGGUUGGGAGGAAUUGCUGCACUACUUCUAGCAACACUAGCAUCCUUCCAUGCCAAUGAACUGUUAGCGAAGCUUCACGAACAUGGAGGACGGAGGAAUAUCAGAUACCGAGACCUUGCAGCAGUUGUGUAUGGUGAAAGAGCAUAUUGUAUUACAUGGGCAAUGCAAUAUGUGAAUCUCUUUAUGAUUAAUGUAGGAUACAUUAUUAUAGCAGGACAUUCUCUUAAGGCUGUGUACAUUCUUUUCAGAGAUGACCAUAUAAUGAAGCUUCCACACUUCAUUGCAAUCGCGGCGCUUUCUUGUGGCCUCUUCGCCAUCUCUAUACCACAUUUGUCGGCACUCCGUGUUUGGCUUGGAUUUUCUACAUUCUUUAGUAUGGUGUAUAUAAUUGUAGGAUGUGCUCUGUCACUUAAAGAUGGUAUGGAAACUCCCCCAAGAAAUUACAAGGUCCCUGAAACAAAUGUAAGCCGAGUUUUCACAACUAUCGGCGCCAUUGCCAAUGCUGUCUUCUCCUUCAACACCGGCAUGCUUCCAGAAAUACAGGCAACAGUGAGACAACCUGCGAUCAAAAACAUGAUGAAAGGUCUGUAUUUCCAGUUCACGGUGGGAGUAGUGCCGAUGUACGCCCUCAUCUUCGCCGGAUAUUGGGCAUACGGCGCCACCACAUCCGAAUACAUGCUCCACAACGUCCACGGCCCAAUCUGGAUUCAAGCAGCAGCCAACAUCUCGUCUUUCUUGCAGACGGUCAUCGCCUUGCAUAUAUUUGCGAGCCCGAUGUACGAGUUCUUGGACACGAAGUACAACAUCAAAGGCAGCAGCUUGAAAGCGCGCAACCUUUCGUUCCGAACAGGGGUGAGGGGGGCCUACGUGGGGCUGGUGUCGCUGGUGGCGGCGAUGCUGCCGUUCUUGGGGGACUUCAUGACGCUGACGGGGGCGCUGAGCACGUACCCGCUGACGUUCAUUCUGGCGCACCACAUGUACUUGGUGGCGAAGAGGAACAAGCUGAGCUUGGCGCAGAAGGGGUGGCAUUGGCUCAACAUCGCCUUCUUCUGCAGCCUCGCAGUUGCAGCUGCCGUCUCUGCCGUCAGACUCAUCGUCGCCGAUUCGGAGACUUACCAUCUCUUUGCGGAUAUAUGA